AUGUCCCGCUUCUCGCACUCUCGCUCUUCCUCCUCAACCUCCACCCCGACCACCUCUCGCUUCACCCGGUCCUCUCGUGACCAGGACUCUCAUCCGCUGAAUCUCCCGCCCGACGAGCUGCGCCGUCGACUCUCCGCCAUGGCCGCUCGCGACGACCAGCGGAGCUCCAUGGACAUCGAUCCCCAGGAGACUCAGCAAAACAAGAACGGCGUCAACGGCGAGGAACGCAGUCCGACUCCGCCGCCGCACCGGUCCAACUCUUCGUCGACUGACGAGGCCGAUUCGUUCAAGUUGGCGGGUAACAAAUUUUUCAAGGAUGGCGACUACUACCGAGCGAUCCAGGAAUACAACAAGGCCAUCGAGAUCAACCCCAACUCCUCCGCCUACCUGUCCAACCGAGCCGCGGCGCACAUGUCCGCCAAACAAUACCUCAAUGCGCUGGAAGAUAUCGAGCGAUCCAACGAGCUGGACCCCAACAACGCCAAGAUCAUGCACCGAUGGGCCAAGAUCCUGACGAACCUGGGCCGGCCGACCGAGGCGCUGGAUGUGUUGUCGCGGGUGCAGCCCGCGGCGACGGCGACCGACCGCGCGCCCGCAGAGAAGAUGCAGCGGUUUGUGCAGCAAGCCGAGGAAACCCUUUCAGAGGACCGCGGUGUGUCGAUGGUGAUCUUCUGUCUGGAGCAGGCGCGGCAAGGGCUGGGCCAGGGCGUCAAGGAGCCGCGCAAGUGGACGCUCUUGGCGGCGGAGGCGCAGCUGAAGAUGAACAACAGCAACUCGCUGGGCAAGGCGCAGGAUAUUGCCAUCGGCAUGCUGCGCGAGAACAGCCAGGACCCGGAUGCCAUGCUGAUCCGCGCCCGCGCCUUCUACGCCUCGGGCGAGACCGACCAGGCGCUGAAGCUGCUCAAGAUGUGUCUCGGGCUGGACCCGGAUAUGAAGCAGGCUAUUAAGCUGCUGCGCAUUGUGCAGAAGCUCAGCCGCACCAAGGAGGAGGGUAAUGCCGCCUUCAAGGCCAAGGACUACCGCCACGCUAUCGACCUCUAUUCGCAGGCCCUGGAAGUCGACCCCGUCAACAAGGAUAUGAACGCCAAGAUCCUGCAGAACCGUGCCCAGGCUUACAUCAACCUGAAGGAGUUCGACUCGGCUGUUCAAGACUGCAACGAGGCCCUGCGUCUCGACCCGUCAUACGUCAAGGCCAUGAAGAUGCGUGCCAAGGCCCACGGCGCCGCCGGGAACUGGGAAGAUGCCGUGCGCGACUACAAGGGCGUGGCCGAGAACAGCCCGGGCGAGAAGGGAAUCCAAGAGGAGAUCCGCCGCGCCGAGUUUGAACUGAAGAAGGCCCAGCGCAAGGACUACUACAAGAUCCUGGAAGUGGGCAAGGAUGCCACUGAUCAUGAGAUCAAGAAGGCCUACCGCAGGAUGGCUAUCCAAUACCACCCAGACAAGAACCGGGAUGACGAGAAUGGCGACGAGAAGUUCAAGGAGAUCGGCGAGGCCUACGAGACGUUGAUUGAUCCUCAGAAACGUGCUGCCUACGACAAUGGAGACGACUUGAUUGACCCGUCCGACAUGUUCGGCGGCGGCGGCGGCUUCGGUGGUAUGGGAGGCAUGGGUGGAAUGGGCGGUAUGGGAGGAAUGGGCGGUAUGGGAGGAAUGGGCGGCAUGGGCGGCAUGGGCGGCAUGGGCGGUGGUGGAACGCACAUCAACAUCGACCCCAACAUUCUCUUCAACAUGAUGAACGGCGGCGGUGGCGGUGGCUUCGCCUCUGCCGGUGGCAACCCCUUCGGAGGCGGCCAACCCCGCGGUGGAGGAUUCCCCGGCGGGUUCCCCUUCUAG